AUGUGGUUCCAGCCAUCACUAGACAAACAUGACUUAAAAAACAGCUUGAAGUAUUAUUUCAAAGAGGCUCACCCUAAGAUCUUUGAGAGAAGGUUGCAAAUAGAGACGGAUAGAGAUACCGAUAGAAAGACCCAUACAGAUACAGAUCCGGAUGCCGACGCAGAUACAUACACAUACACAGAUACAAAUCCAGAUACAGAUGCAGAUACAGACACAGAAACAUGUACAGAUGCCGAUACAGAUACUGAUACAGAUACAGAUACCAAAACAGAAUGCGAAGACCCAGCAUCUGUUUGUCUUUCUGCUAAUGAUAGCACAGUAGAUGCUAAUGUUCCUUGCCUCACAACUCGCGAUGUCUUAAAAUUCAAAUAA